GGUCUGGCAGGUCCCCCAGGGAGGGAAGGUGCCCCAGGCCCCUUGGGGCCACCUGGACCACCUGGGUCAGUGGGUACUCCCGGGGCCUCAGGACUCAAAGGAGACAAGGGAGACCCUGGAGCAGGGCUGCCAGGUCCCCGAGGCGAGCGUGGGGAGCCAGGCAUCCGGGGUGAAGAUGGCCACCCUGGCCAGGAAGGACCCCGUGGACUCAUGGGGCCCCCAGGCAGCCGGGGUGACAGAGGGGAGAAGGGUGAUGCUGGCACCACAGGACUUAAGGGUGACAAGGGUGAUUCGGCUGUGAUUGUGGGGCCUCCAGGACCACCAGGUGCCAAAGGGGACAUGGGUGAACGAGGGCCUCGGGGCAUAGAUGGUGACAAAGGACCUCGGGGAGACAGCGGGAACCCUGGCGAAAAGGGUACCAAGGGAGAGCCUGGUGACAAGGGCUCAGCCGGGUCGAUGGGAGCUCGAGGACUCACAGGACCUAAGGGUGAGCCUGGUGCUGCAGGAAUCCCUGGUGACCCGGGAGCCCCAGGAAAGGAUGGAGCCCCUGGUUUCCGAGGAGACAAAGGAGAUACUGGUUUCAUGGGUCCCCGGGGCUUCAAGGGUGAACGUGGGGUAAAGGGAGCCUGUGGCCUUGAUGGAGAGAAGGGAGACAAGGGAGAAGCUGGUCUUCCAGGCCGUCUUGGUUUGGCAGGACGGAAAGGCGAGAUGGGAGAACCUGGUGUGCCAGGACAGUCUGGGGCUCCUGGCAAGGAGGGUCUGAUUGGUCCCAAGGGUGACCGAGGCUUUGAUGGACAGUCAGGACCCAAGGGUGACCAGGGCGAGAAAGGGGAGCGGGGGCCCCCAGGAAUUGGGGGCUUCCCAGGUCCGAAGGGCAAUGAUGGCUCUAGUGGUCCCCCAGGGCCACCUGGCAGUGUUGGUCCAAAAGGCCCUGAAGGGCUUCAGGGACAGAAGGGUGAACGAGGUCCACGUGGAGAGAGCGUGGUAGGGGCUCCUGGGGCCCCUGGGACCCCCGGUGAGAGAGGGGAGCAGGGGCGGCCAGGGCCCACUGGCCCCCGUGGUGAGAAGGGAGAAGCUGCACUGACAGAGGAUGACAUUCGGAACUUUGUGCGUCAGGAGAUGAGUCAGCAUUGUGCCUGCCAGGGCCAGUUUAUUGCAUCUGGAUCACAACCCCUACCUAGUUAUGCUGCAGACACAGCUGGCCCCCAGCUCCACCGGGUGCCUGUACUCCGCGUCUCUCAUAUAGAGGACGAAGGCCAGGUACCCCCUGAAGAUGACGAGUACUUUGAGUAUUCUGUGGAGGAAUAUCAGGACCCUGAAGUUCCUUGGGAUGGUGAUGACCCCUGUUCCCUGCCACUGGAUGAGGGCUCCUGUACUGCCUACACCCUGCGUUGGUAUCAUCGGGCUGUGCCAGGUGGCAUAGGCUGUCACCCAUUUGUCUAUGGUGGCUGCGGAGGGAAUGCUAACCGUUUUGGGACUCGUGAGGCCUGUGAACGCCGCUGCCCACCCCAGGUGGUCCAGAGCCAGAAAACAGGUGCUGCCCAGAGCUAAGACCCAGAUGAUGAGCUGAUGAUCAGCGUCCCCUGGAGGCAUCAGGGCUCAGUAGGGCCCUGCUGUCCUCCCUUUGGUGCUAAGGCCUGUGUGCACGUGAGCGUGUGUGUGCAUGUCUGCUAUUUCAGUUUCAGUGACUUGGUCCUGUGGGUCUAGCCUUCCCCCCUGUGGACAAACCCCCAUUGUGGCUCCUGCCUCCCUGGUAGAUGACUCACUGUGGGGGGUGGUUGCGGGCAGUGGAUGUGACUGUGUCUAACCCGCCCCUUGACCCAAGCCUGUGAUGCCAUGGUGCUGAUUCUGGGGGGCAUUAAAGCUGCUGUUUUAAAAGGC